AUGGAUCAAUCAAAAUCAAAAUGCAAAAAACAAAAAUACGCAAGCUUUGAUAGGAUCAGUGAUUUACCGGAUUCUCUGAUCUGCCACAUCCUUUCAUUCCUCCCAACCAAACAUGCGGUCGCCACAACAAUCUUGUCAACUAGGUGGAAGCAACUCUGGACUAUGGUCCCCAUUCUUGAUUUCGGAGACAAGGAUUUCGUGUUCAGAGUUUUGUCUCUCCGCAAACCUUUUCCUGUGAAGAAAUUCCGACUUGUACUCCACCACUCUUUUGAUCGGAGCCAUGUUCGUACAUGGGUUGACUAUGCAAUAGAGCAUGGUGUCCAAGAACUCCACCUCCUGGUUAAAAGGAACAUCACUUGUGAGUUGCCUCAGUCUCAUAGUCUUUUCAAUUUCGACCUCCUGGUUAAAAGGAACAGUAGUUGUGAGUUGCCUCAUAGUCUUUUCAGUUGCGGAUCUCUCGAGGUUUUGGAACUGAGUGGCAAAAUUGUUCUCGACUGUCCUCCUUCUGUUCAUCUACCGAAUCUGAAACACCUUUAUCUUAAAAAAAUCAAGUACGCAAAUGAUGACUCUUUUCAUCGCCUCUUAAUUGGCUCCCCAAACCUCUUGAGAUUACACGUAUUGAAUCGACCUUGCAAUAAUAUUGUCAAUUUUAUUUUAAAUAACCCAACGUUGGAGUAUCUUGACAUCGACAAUCAAGUUCAAGAUGCUAGAUUUGGUAAGGUUCAGAUAAAUGCGCCGAGUCUUAAGUUUCUGAUUCUAAACAUUUCAAAUUGCCAUGAUUUUUCGGUGCGGAAAGCAACCAACGUAGUUGAAGCGAAUGUUAAUUUAUUUGAACUCAAUCAACUAAAUGACGACUACUGCAUUGUCAAGCUUCUCAAAGCGCUUCUGAACGUUCGAAAUUUGACAUUGCGUUAUAACAAGUCUUUGAGUUUUGCUUCUGCAAAUGAUCUUCCCAUUUAUAAUAAUUUGAGCCGGCUGCAACUUGAAGUAAAAUGCUGCAAUUCUCAUCUACUGCCAAUUUUUCUUGAAAAUUCUCCCAAUCUUGAGAACCUUAUUCUUAAGGUGGAUACAGAAGGACCACAUGAGUCCUGCUGGACAGAAUAUAAUGUAGAACAGACUGUAAAGACCUUUUUGGAGCAGCUAGAGCGCCAGAAAUCAUAG